GUCCUAGACUGGAGUUAGUGAUGCUGUGUCGUGUUAGUGCACCUGUCCCUUUUUUAUUAUUAUUGCCAAACUUACAAAUUACAUAAAAGAUCGGGGUAAUGGUUAUCUAACAAUGAACAAUCAUAAUGGCAUAAAACAGUAAAUAAAAAUGUAUGUGUUUAUUAUAGUAUGAGAUAAUAUAAAAACACAGUGACAAAGUUAAAUAUAUUAUAAUUCAUAUCAUGAUGCUUGUUUUAGAAGCCUGAGGGAUAACACAAGAGCAUUAAAUUCAACAUGAAAAAGAAGAAAACAAAAAGCCACUUUUGUUUGUUGAUGGAAUAUUUUGCACAAUAAAUAACAAAAUAUUCAAGAGAACGAUUUUGGGUUUUCGUGAAAAAAAAAGUAAAAAAGGAAAUGCUUUAAGGUUAAAACUUGAUCACAUUGAAGUCAUAAAAACGUAAUAGUAUUGGCUAUACUACAAUCACAAAAUUAAAAAGGCAGCUGUUUCUUCAACAAAACCACAAUAUGGGCAAGGUUUCAUCGUUAUCAGGAUACUUAUAAAUAGAUUAGUUAAUCCUGUCACUCAUAUUUUUAAAGUUGUUGCGCUUGUUUUAACGUCGUUGGUCACGUGAUCAACAUAGCGGCUGAUGAUGUCCUAAUCGCAUUCUUAUUUCAUACAUACACACAUCCAGGCUGUAGAGUAUGUACUGUUUCAGCGCUCGUUACUAUCAAGUGUCUGUGGCUCGGUGUGAUUUGGACAAGUUCAAGUUACGCCCCUCUCUCUUGCAGUUUCGUGCUUUCACUCAGUGGGCGGAGCCGCGCGCUCUCAGCUGACGGUGACGUGGAAGGAAGUGGAGAAGACGCGUCGUCCGUCAUUUUCUACAGUCUGUGGAUUCAGAAAAAAGGAAAAGGUGUCCAAAUACACAGGGAAAAACUCACGACACUAUUAUAAAAAUGGCGUUUAUUAAACAGGAGAGUGAGGACAUUAAGAUCGAAGAAACAUUCACAGUCAAACAUGAAGAUGCUGAGGAACACACAGAGAUUGCGUUUAUUAAAGAGGAGAGUGAUGACAUGAGAACUGAAGAAACUCUUACAAUCAAACAUGAAGAUACUGAUGAACAAACACAGAUGGAGUUUAUUAAAGAGGAAAGCGAAGACAAGGAGAUUGAAGAAACAUUCAGAGUCAAACAUGAAGAUACUGAGACACAGACAGAUCUGAUGCUGCUGAAAGAGGAAAUUGAAGAACUAAAUGACAUUGAUGGCAAAGAUCAGUAUAAGAAACCUGAUUUCACUGGAGAAGAUAUUAGUUGCUCACAAACUAAACAGACUUUAAAAAAGAGAGCUCAAAAGAUUGGAACUAGAAGUCAUUUCAAUUGUCAACAAUGUGGAAAGCAUUUUGAUAAAAAAAGAGCCCUUAACAUUCACAUGAGAAUUCAUACAGGAGAGAAACCUUACACCUGCUCUCAAUGUGGACUAAGCUUCACUCAAAAAGGAACCCUUAACAGGCACGUUAGAAUUCACACUGAAGAGAAGAAUUACUCCUGCAAACAGUGUGGAAAUAGUUUCUGGCAAAAAGGAGACCUUAAAAACCACAUGAGAAUUCAUUCUGGAGAGAAGCCUUAUACAUGCCAACAGUGUGGAAAGAGUUUUUGUCAAAAAGGAAAUCUCAAAGUCCACAUGAGUGUUCACACUGGAGGAGAGAGAUAUUUCAACUGCCAGCAUUGUGGAAAAAGUUUCAAUAAAAAAGAAAGCCUUGAAAUCCAUUUGAGGAUUCACACUGGUGAGAAACCUUACACCUGCCAACAGUGUGGAAGGAGUUUCUGUCAAAGAGGAAACCUCAAAGUCCACAUGAGUGUUCACACUAGAGAGAGCAACUGCCAACUAUGUGGAAAAGGUUUCAAUAAAAAAGAAAGCCUUGAGGUCCAUUUGAGAAUUCACACCUGUGAUAAGCCGUACACCUGCCAACAUUGUGGAAAACGUUUCAUUAAAAAAGGAAACCUUGAAAUACACAAUAGAAUUCACACUGGGGAGAAACCUUUUGUCUGCCUUCAAUGUGGACUAAGUUUCACUCAAAAAGGAACCCUUAAAAGCCAUAUUAGAAUUCACACAGGAGAGAAGCCUUACACCUGCAAAAUAUGUGGAAAUAGUUUCACUCGAAAAGGACGCCUCAAAACCCACAUGAGAUUGCAUGAGUCUUAAACCUGCCAACAGUGUGGAAAGAGUUUCUAUCAAAAAGGAGACCUCAAAGACCAAAUGAGUGUUUAGACUGGAGUGGGAUAUUUCAUCUUCCAAUAAUGGGUUAAACAUUUCACUUAAAGGGGAAAACUUGAAGCCCACAUGAGAGUUCACAAUAAAGAAAAGACUUCCAUAUGUCCUAAGUGUGGAAAGACUUCCUCUCAACAAGGAAACCUCAAAGUCCACAUGAGUGUUCACACUUGAGAAGCUUUACGCCUGCCAACAGUGUGGAAAUAGUUUUAGAUGCAAAACAUCCCUUAAAAUGCAGCAUAUCAGAGCGAAUCAGACAAUUUAAGAUUUUAUCAGAUUGGUGUUAAAACAACCCAAAGAGGCAAAUACCACAAAGAGGCCCUAGACAACAAGAUAACAUCUUAAUUUCGUCCACUGUACCCUGGGGCCACGCAUCUGAAGCCAGUCCACCAACUAGCAGCUUUAAGCAGCUCACGGCAUCUAAACAAAAGAACACCUAUGGCCAUUUUCACGAAACGGCAAAUUAGUGUGAGAGCGCAAUUCCAAAAGAGCGCCAAUGGGAGGGAAAAUUUCUGUGGGUGAU